GCAUGAGAUAAUACAAUAUUCUAGUAUGGAAACAGGUAACCUUCAAGUAUUAUAACUAAUAACAAAGUCAAAUAUGAUUAGGGGAACAUAAAUCUAUAAUCGAACAUUUAUCCGAGUGUGAUAUAAGUUCUGAAAGUUGCUCAUAACAUAGAACAUAAAUGGCAUCCACAAAAAAUGUUCUCUUGAAAAGAGAAUCGAAGUAUGAUGUUACUUAUUUGAAGCAUGUUUGUGACUUGAAUAUCAACACUGAACCACAGGCUGUCAGAUUAACUGGAAUAGUAUGUACGAUAGGUCCGGCUUCAAGAGACCCUCUGGUCUUGGAAAAGAUGAUGGCCAAUGGCAUGAACGUAGCACGUCUAAACUUUUCUCAUGGAACCCAUCAAUACCACAAGGAAACCAUCAAGAAUAUCAGAAUAGCUGCUGAUAACUAUAGCAAGAAACUUGGUUAUUUCCAUCCUAUAGCCAUAGCCUUGGACACAAAAGGUCCAGAAAUCAGAACUGGAGUUCUAGAAGGAGGCAUAUCAGCAGAGAUAGAACUACAAGAAGGCGACACAAUAAAACUUACAGCCGAUAAAAAUUUAUACUCCAAAUGCAACACCAAAUGCGUAUACGUAGGCUUGGAAAACCUUCACAAGAUCGUUCCUCUAGGUGUCCGUAUCUUCAUAGAUGAUGGACAGUUGGCUCUGAAAUGUACCAAAAUUCUGGCUGACUCCAUAGAGUGCGUUAUAGAGAAUGGCGGCAGUUUAGGAAGCUCAAAAGGGGUACAUAUUCCAGGUGUACCAAUAGACUUACCGUCUGUCUCAGAUAAAGAUCUACAAGACAUCAAUUUCGGUAUAGCAGAGGAUGUUGAUAUGGUGUUUUUGUCUUUUACAAGGGACGCUGACACUGUUAAAAGGAUUCAAGAGCUUGUAGUGAAGAGUGGUAAGCAGACUCAAGUGAUUGCGAAGAUUGAGAACGCCCCAGGUAUGAAAAACAUGGACGAGAUCAUAGCCAAUGCAGAUGGCAUUUUGAUCGAUCGAGGUGACCUUGGAAUGGCCAUACCCACCCAGAAGGUGUUCCUGGCCCAGAAGAUGAUAAUAGGGAAGUGCAACAAGGCGGGGAAACCCAUAAUCUGCGCUACACAGAUGCUGGAAUCAAUGACUUAUAAGCCUAGACCAACAAGAGCUGAAAGCUCUGAUGUGGCUAAUGCUGUUCUAGAUGGCGCUGACUGCGUUAUGCUGUCUGGUGAAACAGCAAAAGGACACUAUCCUCUAGAGUGCGUGAAGGUCAUGAGUGAUAUAAGCAAGGAAGCAGAAGCGGCUGUUUGGCAGAAGCAACUUUUCGAAGAUCUAUCCAAUGAGAUCCACACGAAGGAUAACACUCAUACCAUAGCUAUUGCUGCAGUUGCGGCUUCCAUAAAGAAUCUGUCAAGUGCUAUAGUGGUGUUGACUACUACUGGUCGAUCAGCACACUUGAUCUCCAAAUAUAGACCUCAUUGUCCCAUAAUUGCCGUAACUAGGUCCAAACAGGUUGCUAGAAAAAGUGUUAUUUAUCGAGGCAUACUUCCGAUUGUUCAUGAGGAGCAAUUGGAUGACUGGAUACAAGAUGUGAACGCUCGUGUCGAAUAUGGAAUCAAUUAUGGAAAAAAGGUUGGAUUUAUUCGAAAAGGAGAUUCUGUGAUUGUUAUUACAGGAUGGCGGGAAGGUAGAGGUUUCACCAAUUCCAUGAGAAUUAUGGAGGUCGACUGAGGCAAUUUGAUGUGUUGAUAUACUACCAAAUAAAGUUUUUGUAAUUUGUUUAUAUCCCAAAUAAACUCCCAUUGAGUUUG